CUCAAUGAGAAAAGGCCCUAAACUGUUAUCGAGUUCUUCUUCGUUUACUCCGUAAUACUUUUAAAAAACUCCGUAUUUCUCUAUAACAAAGGGGAAAAAAAAAAUAGUGCAGCGAACACGUACUCUACUCUACCGUCGUAAACAUCUACGCCGUCGCUCUUUCUAGCGUUAAUUGUGAGGUAAUUCAUCUGGACCCAAUAUGCUGCCCAAGGAAAAUCAGGAUAAGGUUCCAACUGUUCAAAAAUUAGGAAGUGAAGAUGACAUAGAAUCAAGUUUUGUUAUAGUAGGAAAUGAGAAUGAGAAGGUUAUUCAGCUGGGUGAUGAACAAGCCUCUAUUGAACACAAAGCUCAAAGUAAUAUAUCUCCAUCUUUUAUGCUGCCUAAGGGAAAUCAUGAUAAGGCUCUUGCAAUUGAGAAUGCAUUCCCCAAAUAUUUGGAUUUUGCAAGAAUUAUCACGAUAGGUGAUUUAAUGCUGGUUCCCACGAUCAAGUUAAAGUUUGCUUUUGGCUGCCCAGGGGGGGUAAACAAUCUUUUUCCUAGUGGAUGGAUUAUGAAAGAUAUGGUUGCCACAGGUUUUCGCGAAUCUAAGUUUUUUUCAAAAAAUGUACCUUUGUCAGAUGAGGACAUUGAUGUUACUUAUUCAGUUCCUCGCAAAUUCAUUGAUGACUUUGAAAUUAUUGCUGAAGGAAGUUUUAAUUUUCGAGGUUCUAAAUUAAACUCGGAAGAGAUAUAUUUAGAAUUUAAAAAAAAAAUUAGUUGAGAAAUUAGGUGUUUAUCCAAUGAAAUAUUUUGGGACCCUUUUUAAAGUUUCAGUCGCAAUGCAAGACGAUUUGAGUGAAAUGAUGUCAGUUUUGUCUCAAGAGAAGCCACCCACUAUUGUUCUUAAGGGUGUGCCUUAUGAGUGGUUUGCUGACCAUCACUCAAUGGAGAAUCUUCGAGCUCUGUUUCAUACUUUUGGGAGACUCAGGAAUCUUGAUAUUGAUGACAAUAAUGUCUCCAUCCAAUUUGAGGACCCCGAGGAGUGUUCCAAAGCAUUAAAAAAAUUGUGUUCUUGUUCUUUGAAAAAGAUAAAUGAUUCAAGGAUGGUUGAUUAUAAUCUGACAUUGAAGGACUUGCCUGAUUCUAGCAUCGCCCAAUUAAUGUUGACCACCGACAACUAUCCUUCUUUGGAGAAGGAUGAUUCUAUGCCAGUUAGCAAGGAAACUUUCAAAGGGCAAGACAUGCAUGCUUUGAUGGUUCGAAUGACAGAAAUUGAGAAGGAGUUGAAGUAUUUGAAAGCUAAGAUAGAGUCAUCUUCUGCUUGUUAAUCUGACGAAGCUAGUUAAUCUCACUAAGUUGAAGUAUUUUUGUUGUGCAUGCUCCUAGAUUUGUGAUUACUGUUUUUGUUUUUCUAAUCCGUUUAUUCUUGGAA